UUAAAAUCUUGGCAGUUGUUUAAAGAGGAUUGAUUCUCUAUAAGUUUUAGCCCAUAAAUACUAAUACAUAUUUCAACAUGGUAAAAAGGAAGAACCAAGUUUUGAUUGAUUCAGACAGUAGUGACAGUGAAGGGAGCGGAAGCGAUUUAGAAACGGAACUUCUGUCUUUAGCAAAGAAGAAAAAAGUGAAGAAUAGUGAUGAUGAUGCUGAAUCUCCAGUAGAAACUACAACCCCAAAAGCGACAGCAGCUUAUUCUGAUUCUGACACUUCUUCGGGCUCAGAUGAUGAUUGGGAUGCUAAGGGAAGCAAGAAUUCAAGCAAAAAGAAAAAGAAAACAAAGACUGCCCCUAAAAGGACAGUUUCAAAGUCAUCGUCUGAUGAAGAAUCAGGUGAUGAAGAACCCGAAAAGAUGAACAAGAGUUCCGAGCCGGAAGAAGGUGAAGUUUCUGACUCUGAAGGAAGUGACUCCGAUUCGUCAGAUAUGAGUCAAGAGGAGUUCAACGAUGGAUAUGAUGAAAAUUUAAUGGGUGAUGAAGAAGAUCAACAAAGGUUAGCCCAGAUGACAGAGAAAGAACGAGAACAAGAAAUAUUCAAACGUAUAGAACAGCGUGAAGUUAUGAAAACAAGGUUUGAAAUUGAGAAAAAGCUACGGUUAGCUAAGAAACAAGAGAUGAAGAAGAAGAAGGGUGGUCAUACAGUAAAGAAAAGGGAGGAAAUCAUGGACCAUAAAGAAAGAAGCAAGGAGAGAAAAAAGACUGUUGAAGAAAAUAGAGGAAAAGUUGAUAAAAAAUUUGUUGCCAUGAAUUUGUUGAAGGCUCGGCGAGAAGAAAGAAGAGAGCGAGAGGAGAAAGAGAAGCAGCAGAAGAUCGAGUUGGAGAAGAAAAAAGAGGACGAAGAGAAAGUAGAGGUAGAGGGUGAAGAGGAAGAUGGGGAAGAUGCGUCCGGGAGCAAGACCAAACUAAAGGCAUCGGAUAUCUACAGCGAUGAUAGUGGCAGUGGUUCGGACAGUGAAGCAAGAGAGCGUCCCAAUAAGGCGAGAGCGAGGAGUAGUUCAAGCUCUGCACACAGCUCCUCGGAUUCUGAGUCGGGCUCUGACAAUAGGUCUAUUGCAAGUUCCAAAGUGAAGGUGAAAAAAGUGCAAUUUAUAUCAUCAAAAGAGGAGCUAAACAGAAUUAGGCUGUCAAGGCAUAAGAUGGAAAGGUUUGUCCAUCUACCAAUUUUCAACAGAGUAGUUGAAGGUUGUUUUGUUAGGAUUGGGAUUGGAAAUCAUAAUGGAAAACCUGUGUAUAGGGUAGCAGAAAUCAGUGGUGUGUGUGAGACAGCCAAGAUCUACCAGCUGGGCACAACACGCACCAAUAAGGGGCUGAAGCUACGGCACGGUGCACAGGAGCGGGUAUUUCGGCUAGAGUUUGUCAGCAACCAGGAAUUCACAGACACUGAAUACCUCAAAUGGCGUGAGACUUGUGCCUUGCAGGGUAUUUCCAUACCGACAGUCCAGGAUCUUGAUAACAAGCUGCGGGAUAUCAAGGAGGCCAUGAUCUACGAGUUCAAGGAGGAAGACAUUGAAAAGAUUGUCAAAGAAAAAGAACGGUUCAAACAGAACCCUUAUAAUUAUGCCAUGAAGAAAACUCAAUUGAUGAAAGACAGGGACAUGGCUCAAGCUAAAGGAGAUGAGGUGGAAGCCGCCAGGAUCAUCCAGAAGCUGCAAGAGCUCGAGGAGCGAGCCGUAGAGCUGGACAAGAUGCGUACUUCUACCAUCUCCAGCAUCAGCUAUAUCAAUGACAGGAACCGCAAGAAGAACGUUGAAGAAGCUGAGAAAGCAAUUAUGGAAGAAGUCAAGGCAAAUAAAGGGAAGAAAGUGGAUGACCCUUUCACACGACGAAGUACAAAGCCAACAAUGGUGUUUAAGGCUCCUGAAAUUCCUACAAAUCCUUCACCACCUAAACCGAAUGUUGCCUCAAAAGAAAACAUCGAAAGCUCAUUGAAAAUCUCAGCACCUGAACCCAACAGCAGGUUGGAGAACAGCAGACCCGGUCAGGAGCCCAAGGGUAAAACGGAGGAUCUCUUUUCAGCCCACGAUUUUGACAUCAAAAUUGACCUCGAAGUACCUUUACCAAACAACCCAGUCAGUAUAACUCCGAAACCUUCAAACGUCAUGAAAGACAGUGGGCCCCGGAGGUCACUAAACCUAGAAGAUUAUAAGAAGAAAAGAGGACUGAUUUGAGACAAGGCAAUGCAUAUUGUGUUACUUGUUUUUUCAUGAUCAUUUAACACUUUUUGACUUUGUUGUAACUACUUAAGAGAGCGUUGACCACAAAAUAAAUAUUUUUAAUACAGAGAAUUGUGAAUAAUUGUAGUGGUAGGUAAGUGAUAAGCUUAGCUUAUUUUUAUGUGAGUAGUGGGAGUGAGUAUUAUAGCGAUUAAUGUUUUUUACUUUUUACGUGUAAAUAGUUGUGUUGUAUAAAAAUCAGUCAAUAAAGUAGAAACGAAUUUUGUAGGUUAAAUUGCAAGGAUUGUUUGAACACUUUAGUAGAUCUAAAGUGUUCACUUUAAUUUUGUGUAAGUUUUCAUUCUCAAAAAAUAUUACUACACUAAUAGUGUGAUGAAAGUGUGUAUUUUUGAUCAAACACAUUUUUAGUGAAGAAUCCUUAAUGCUAGGUUACCUAAAGGUUGUGUCUUUGUCGAAACAAAAUAUAGAAGUCCUAUAUGUGAUUAUAGCAGAAUUAUAAUCAAGUUUUAAUGUGCCUGUCAGUUUCUUCUUAGCAAUAAAUGUAUUAUAUACAUUUAGGGGUUCAUCCCGUUUAUAUAGGGCUUUUUUACUUUAGUAAACUUAUCAAUAGUAAAAUUCAAUUAUAAAAUAGUAAAUUACUACCGGUUUUAUAGAAAUCAUUAUUGAUUGCAUAUGACAUUAGGAGUUGUUCUAUUUGUUAAGAUUUUGAACUUUUAUUAUUACUACACUAUACACAAAAAGUAUACAAAUAAUGUUUUAUGAAAUAUUUUUACAUGUAUCAUCUAUUGAUUGUUUUUCAUAACAAUACUUGUUCUAUUAUUGGAUUUUACUUUUAGCAUUAAUAAAAUUUGUAGUGGUACUUGUACAAAACGAAUACUGGUAUUAGGAUAAGUAUACUAGGGGCAUGAUUCUAAACUCAACAAAAUCAAACCGUUUGGAAUGAUUGGCAUUUUAGAUGUAUAUAAUUUUAGCACAAUAAGGUGACAUUAAAAAUACUCUAAUAUUUUAGUAAAAGUUACAUUAUUGAACACAUAUCUAGAUUCAAUAACAUAGAACAUACAGCUGAUAUAUUCCCACAACUCUUGGUUUAAAGAUCUUUUUACAAUGGCAUCUGCAAUGUCCAUGGACGUACCAAUUCACCACGUAGACGGAUUUGUAUUGGUCACACAUCCUUCUAGUUGGGUCGGCUUGAUCGCGCAUACUCUUCUACUUCAUAUAUAUAUACCAAACUGAUUGCUCCACAUCAGUGUGAAUACCCACACCUUCCUUUCAAAUACACAUUAAGGAAAUUUUUCACUCCCAUUUGUGAACAUUAUGUAUUGUAGUGUGAAAUGGCCUUAAAAAACACCCUAAGUCUCUCAAAAAAUUGUACCGUCUUUGAUUUGGUUUAUGUAAAUAUAAUAAUUAAUUAAAUACACAACAUCAAAAAAUCAUCACAGCACAAUGAAAAUCAAAUUAUAAAUGUGUAGUAUAAAGAGGAACACUUUGCACUUUAAUGGCCAACUAUGAUUUUGUUGUAAAAUAAGGCCAUCUCCAUAAGACAUUAUUAAGAGUAACACGCAAGAUUAUUUAUGCAAGCAUCAUCUUUUGCUAGUAGCUAAUGCUUCUGAUUACAAAACUUAGUCACUGGAAAUGGCUUAGUUAAUGCACCGUCAAAAGCGCGAUUUGGUAAAUGGCUGUAAAAUACAUCCUUUAAUUUACAUUUUGUUGUGUUUUAAAAUUUAUUGAUUGUAAAUAAUAAAGUAUUCCAGUUUCAAUAGUAUUAUUAUUAUACUUAUAACUAUAAAAAGUAAUUUUACAGGCAUAUUUUGGGUAAAUUUCCUCCAUAUAAUUAUGCCCCUAGUGUGACCAUAUAUUUAUUACAUUUGUUUGUGUAAGGCGUGUGUAGUAUUAUAUGUAUAUUGUUGUUUUGUGAUAUUAAUUUUGUAUUCUCGAUAAAUUAUUUAUUUGGUGAACUUCCCAUUGACUUAGAAUAAAUAAUACAGUGGUUCAACUUAUUGUUCCACACACACAUCGUAAUUACAUAAACAUAAUUUUUUUAAUAUAUAGAUAGUACUAUCAGUUAGAUAAAUUUAUGAUAAUGGUUAGUAAUAAUAACUGAGGCCUAGUUAUCAAUAAAAACAUAACAAACACUGUUUUCUUGGAAAUGGAGAUGUCCAUUUUAGUAUCCUGUUUCGGUUUUGUUUUUAUGUCCAUUUAUAAUUAAUUCUGUAAGUGGCAUUUGUAGUUGGCAAAACACUAUAGAAGAAUUGAAUACUUUUUGUACUCUGAAAAGUACAUAAUAUUAGGUUUUCUGUAGAUAGCAUAUACAUUUUAAUAUUAUUUCUUCCUUCUAAUGGAACUUCAAUGAUAUUUGUUUCCACAUUUUUAUAAAAAAAACGUGAGUGUGUAUUAAUUUAAUUAGCAAGGCAUAAUUUUUAUUUCAUUAACCUGCUGUUAUAUUGUACAUAUUACAAUGAGCAGUAACAUAGAGUAGGUUACAUUAUCUAUUUAUCUUAAGUCAAUGUUUGAACAUUACAUUAAUUAGAUCCAAUGAAUUUAAAAAAAGUCAUUUAUGUAUGUUAACAUGUCUACACUAGGUGGGUUCAAAUUUGUCAGAUACAACUGUAGUCAUGUAUUUUCUAAAUUUUGUGUUAGUAAAAACAAAUACAAUUUUUUACGACUCAUUUGACGAACAAAGAAUGGGUAAUUGAGUUAUAAAUUAUGGUAUUUUUUAUAUUGGAUAUUGGCAAAAUAUUGAAUUAAAUUAUUACUAAAGACCAAGUUACAGUUAACAAAUUCAGUCUGACCUUAGUCCUUAAAAAUAUUCUUUUUUCUAAAAAAGCAGUGGUAGUUUUUUGUAUUGUUACAAUAACCUAACAUUUAAAUACUUUUAAACUAUAAAAGUUUUGGUAUUUAAUAUGCACCCAUCUACAUGGAUGAAAUUUACUCAGACCAUUAGCCUUAUGGGUUCACAAACUAAUGGGUUCACCAGUUAUCAUUUAGGUUGUUACAUCUGGCAUUCCUGAGGGCUUCUUUGGGAACUAAGAAAUGAUUUCCUUGCAAGCAGCCUGCUUGCUCGUCCAUUUGUGGUGGUUCACAAAUCACCUUUAAAACUUUGGUGACCAUAUACAUAGUGCAUUCAAAGAGUUUUAGGUUAUUUCUAUAAUAAAUUUGACAGUAUUGAGUAAAGAAAAAAUUAAGUAUUCUAUAUACAUUUCUCCUCAUUAUACACUCAUUACAAUGAUCAUACUAACUCUGGAAGGCACUCUCAAACUCUUCUGAAGAGAUGUUGUUUUAAAUCGGUGUAACAUUUUUCGGAAUGUCUACCACAUUUUCAAAACGUUAUGAAGCAUGAAGUCUGCUGGGGCAAGGUCAGGAAAAUAAGGAUGUUCAAGGACUGCAAUGUUUUUCUUUGGCAAAAGUUACCUGACAAAUGCCUUGUGUGCUAGUGUUUUGUUAAGCAGCAGAAACCGGUCUCCAGCUUCCCAUAUUUCCCUCCAUAAUCAGUGAAUCUGAUCCAAUAGAUGCUGUAAUACGUCUUUGUAGAAUGCUCCUGCCAUUUGUCUGGUUAGGAGGCAGAAAUCUCUGGUAGACAAUUUCUCGGCAAUCAAAAAAUGUUAUCAACAUGAUUUUUACCUCUGAUUUCUCAGCACUCGCCUUUGAAGAGUGUCCCUCACCGGUUCGUACAUUCAGCUGCCUGUUGUUUAGUGAGAUGGAUCUGGAUCACACUGAAAACACCACAACUAACACCAGUAACAAUGUUUUUUUUAUAAAUAUUUUAACUUUAUUAAUUUUAGCUCAUCAUAAAUUAUAUACAGUAAUCCCAUGACUAAUAUCAGAAUGCCAGAUUCUUCAGUUUAACUGGACGUCAUGGCGAAUGCAUUCAUUGAAAGCUGCAUUCACUACCUACGCAUUUUAACUUAUUGGUUCCACCGACGGGGUGGACGAAUGGGACCUGCCCCUCUCCCCCCAAGAGCAUUUUAUUUCAAAAUAAUCGAUCGCAUAAUAGUCUAUUUUCAACCAAAAAUUACAUUAUUUUGUGUUGGAACUUUGAAAUCAAACAAAGUUUAAAGUUCAAACUUAUAACCCCUGGAUACACACCUUCUGAUACAGGUCUCCAUACCCUCAACUGGAUGGUAUUCCGGACGCCCCUCUCCCCCCCCCCCCCAGAGAAUAUUUCUUGGUACGGCACUGGGCUCUGAACAUGCAUUAGGCAGUCAGUUUACUGUCCUUGUAACCACAAACAAACAAUAGAUUGGUGGUAGUUCAAUGCACAAGUUUAUAUGAUUACUUUGUGGAUAUAGUAACAAUUUGUGUUCUUUCUACCCAUUUUUAUGUUGAAACCUUCAUUAAUUUCAUACCUAACAAAUACUCAAGGAUCUAUAUAUUAUCAGGAUAGUUUUAAAAGAAGGAUAUAAAUUAAGUCCCGAAUAUUGCAUGUAAUCUUAAAUCAUUUGUCAUAUACUAGUGUGCUGUAGAGGGAUUGGAUCAAUUAUUGUUAACAUAGAUUUAGAGUUUAUUAAUCUAACUUAUUGACUUGGAUCUGUAUUCUCAAUUGCAAUAAAUCAACAAUUGCAUUAACCCAUGAAGAUUUAUUUUUGAAACUAACAUUUUAUCUCUGUUUAAA